GUCUCACACGUGUUUCCAACAUGGCUGCUCACCGCGUUGUUGUGUGUUGAGAUGUCAUGAGCUGGGCUGAAAACUAGAUAUAUUUAAUAAUCUGUAAAGUCAAGUUAUCGGGCGACAGCCUAAAGGGACUCGGAAGCGGCAGGAUGGCCCAGAGGAAGAAGAAACUGACGAAGAAGAAGAGACACACCGCCAACGUAGAGCAGGACUCUGAUUCUGACACUGGACACUUUGAAAUUAAGGACGAUGAUUCUCCUGGGAGGAAACUGCCGCGAUUCCCUGCGGCAUCGGACGCAUUGUCAGAUGUGGAGCCCGACACCAGGGAGCUGGUCAGAGCCCAAAACAAGAAGAAGAAGAAGUCUGGAGGGUUUCAGUCCAUGGGUCUCAGUUACCCCGUGUAUAAAGGAGUCAUGAAGAAGGGCUACAAAGUCCCUACACCCAUCCAGAGAAAGACAAUCCCUGUGAUUUUGGACGGAAAGGAUGUCGUAGCCAUGGCGAGGACCGGCAGCGGUAAGACGGCCGCUUUCCUGGUGCCCAUGUUUGAGAAGCUGAAGGCUCCUCAAGCGCAAACAGGAGCCAGGGCCCUCAUCCUGACCCCCACUAGAGAGUUGGCCCUGCAGACCAUGAAAUUCACAAAAGAGUUGGGAAAAUUCACUGGCCUCAAGACGGCUUUAAUCCUCGGUGGAGACAGGAUGGAAGAUCAGUUUGCUGCUCUGCAUGAAAACCCUGACAUAAUUAUCGGUACGCCCGGUCGUCUCAUGCACGUUGCCAAGGAGAUGAACCUGAAGUUGAACAACGUGGAGUACGUGGUGUUUGACGAGGCUGACAGGUUGUUCGAAAUGGGUUUCGCCGAGCAGCUGGAGGAGAUCAUCCGGAGGCUUCCAGACACCAGACAGACUCUGCUGUUCUCUGCCACUCUGCCCAAACUGCUGGUGGAGUUUGCCAGAGCUGGUCUGACAGAACCUGUGCUGUUACGUUUGGAUGUGGAUUCGAAACUCAGUGACCAGAUUAAGCUCGCAUUCUUUUACCUGCGUAUGGACGACAAGCCUGCGCUCCUGCUCCACCUCCUGAGGAACGUAGCGAAGCCUCAGGAACAGACGGUGGUUUUUGCUGCCACCAAACACCACGUAGAGUACCUGAAGGAGCUGCUGACUUCAGAAGGCAUCGAGUGCGCCUACAUCUACAGCGCCCUUGACCAAACCGCCAGGAAGAUCAACAUAGGGAAGUUUGUGCAUCGGAAAGCCAUGGUGCUCAUCGUGACUGACGUCGCCGCCCGUGGUAUAGACAUCCCCCUGCUGGACAAUGUCAUCAACUACAACUUCCCUUCCAAGUCCAAACUGUUCUUGCACAGAGUCGGCCGUGUGGGACGUGCGGGUCGGAGCGGCACAACCUACAGCUUGAUUUGUCCAGACGAGAUGCCGUUUGUCUAUGACCUCCACCUCUUCGUCGGGAGGCCGGUACAGUUUGCCACAGCUGAGCACAUGCCAGAUUCAGACGGCGUGUUUGGCCGAGUCCCUCAGAGCAUCUUGGACGAUGAGAGUUCUCACCUGAUCACGACUCACGAAAACUCGAUGGAGCUGCAAAAUCUGCACCGUGUCUCAGAGAACGCCUACAAGCAGUACCUCAAGUCCCGGCCAAACCCCUCACCAGAGUCCAUCAGACGGGUCAAAAACACAGAUUUGUCCACGAUGGGUGUCCAUCCACUGCUCGGGGCAGGUUUAGAGAAAAUGGAAUUGGAGCGUCUUCAAAUAGUUGACGCCAUCAAGGGCUACAAAUCCAAAGCGACCAUCUUCGAAAUCAACUCCAGCAACAAGACGUCAGCCAGCGAGGUGAUGCGGGCCAAACGCACCAAGGACACGCGGUUAGUGGACAAAUUCAGCAAGAAGAAAGAAGUCCUGGAUGCAGAAAGCAAGCUGCAUCAGCCGGCCCACCCCACCACCAGUGCAGCAUAUGACCACACACGAGGCACAGAUGAGGAGGAGGAAGAGGAGGAUCUCAAGGGGGUGUUCUCGGAGGUAGUCGGUGGUAAAAGAAGAGGCCCUCAGGAAGAGGGUGGAGAGCGUCCCAAAAAUAAGAAAAGCAGGCAAAUGGGCAAAGAUGACAACUAUUACAUCCCAUACAGGCCAAAAGACUUCAACUCUGAGAGAGGGUUAAGUCUCGGCGGAGAGGGCACCGCUUUCGAGCAGCAGGCCUCCACGGCCGUACUCGACCUCAUGGGAGACGAGGGCGACCGGUUGAACCAGCACAAAACAAUAAUGAAAUGGGACCGUAAGAGGAAGCGCUUUGUGAGAGAGUCGGGAAGGGAAGACCACAAGAAGAAGAUCAAAAUAGAGAGUGGCCAGGUCAUCAAUAACAACAAGAACAGGAAGAGCUUUUAUGAGGAGUGGAAGAAAAAAUACAAAUUUGACGAUGGAGGAUCUGGCUCAGAUGGAGAAACAGGAGGGAGAGGAGGAGGAGGAAGAGGAGGUAGAGGAGGAAGAGGAGGUAGAGGAGGAAGAGGAGGAGGAAGAGGUCGCGGCCGUGGCAGAGGGCAUCAGAAUCCUAACUUCCAGAGUCCAGAGCGGACGCCCGGCGGACGCAGAGUACGCUCGGAGCUGAAAACGAACCAGGAGAUCCUGAAGCAGCGCAAGAAGAACCAGAAGCAGCAGUUCCUUCAGAGCGGAGGCUUGAAGAAGCACCGCAAGGGCAAGCAGGCGGUCGGAGAAAUGAGAAAGUCAGGAUUUGGACGGGGUGGACAGAAGAAGGGCAAGAUGAGGAAGAGACUGUGAGGAGGAUCAAGGCUGUGAUGAAGUGGAGAUGGAGAGCUCCACGAGGAACUGGAUGAUGAGGAGCAGUAAUGUUUGGGAACACCUUCAGAUUUUCGUGGUGCGUUCUGGACUGUAAGGGUGCACUUCGAUUUUCACCAAUGAUUACUUACAGAACUCUUCAUGUGUCACAAGAAUUUAUCCAGAGAUCUGGAUUUUCUCCACCUAAGCAUAUUGGCAGUGUAAUCUGCUUAAGUGUAUUUGAGUAUUGAAAGUAUUCAGUUUUUGACUGAUAGUAAAAUACAGAUGUAAAUGACA